GAUCGAGCUGCGCUGACGAGCUCCAAGCUGUGCUAGAAUUUAAGAUGGCGAGUGUUGGAGCCUCCGCAUUGCGGAGCGGUUUAUCGAGACGAAUAGGCGCAAUAUUGUCUUCAAAUCUUCGUACAAGGGUUGCCACAAGUUAUUGUGAUAAGAGGAAUGUUUCUUUGACAUCACAAUGUUUUGGUGUGACGCCCAUCCAGCUCACCAUGCCUGCUCUAUCACCAACUAUGACAGAGGGUACUAUUGUGUCCUGGCUCAAAGCAGAAGGGGAUCCAAUAGCAGCAGGAGAUGGUAUAUGUGAGAUAGAAACAGAUAAAGCUACCGUCAUCAUGGACGCAGAUGAUGAUGGCAUCAUGGCUAAAAUCUUGGUCCCGGAGGGAAGCAAGAACAUCCCCAUAACCUCCCUUAUAGCGCUCAUGGUUCCAGAGGGAGAGGACUACAAGGAUGUGGAUAUACCAGCGCAGACCGCACCCGCUUCCACCCCCGCCGGGGAUUCCCCCAAACAAUCCGAGGAAGGUGUCUCGGAGAGUGCGGAGUUCACUAGCAUGAGGCAUGCAGUCACGAAAUCUGGAGAAGGAUUAUCUCCAGCUGUUAGAGCGUUGAUUGAGCAACACCAAAUUGAUCCUUCAUUAAUCACACCUACUGGCCCACAUGGUAGACUUCUCAAAGGAGAUGUGCUUAAAUUCAUAGAAUCGGGUGGGGCAGCUGCCGCACCCCAGCCUGCAGCUGUUCCACCUCCUUCACCGCCCACGCCUGCUGUGCAACCGCCCCCUGUCGCCGAGAGGGUUGCGCCACCUUCUUAUACACGGACAGAGGGAAUGUUUUCAGAAGUAGAGCUGACAGGUAUGAGGAAAACUAUCGCAAAGAGGCUCACAGAAUCAAAGACCACCAUACCCCAUUCAUACUCUAUGGUAGACUGUGAGUUGACUGAGAUUGUAAGACUACGCAAGCAACUCAAGAAAGAUAAUAUCAAUCUAAUUUCCUUUCCUUUUUGUUCUUACAGACCACCAUACCCCAUUCAUACUCUAACCACCAUACCCCAUUCAUACUCUAUGGUAGACUGUGAGUUGACUGAGAUUGUAAGACUACGCAAGCAACUCAAGAAAGAUAAUAUCAAGGUUUCUGUCAAUGAUUUCAUCAUUAAAGCUGCUGCUGUUGCAUUGAAGCAAGUACCUGAAGUCAAUGUUAGUUGGAAUGGACAACAAGCCACUCCCCUUACUAGCAUUGAUAUCUCUGUCGCCGUAGCAACAGAUGGAGGUCUGAUCACGCCCAUCGUGAAGAGCGCCGAUGCUAAGGGUCUCGUUGAGAUUUCUGCAAAUGUCAAGGAUCUAGCAACAAGAGCCCGUGCAAACAAAUUGAAGUUAGAUGAAUUUCAAGGAGGAUCUUUUAGUAUUUCAAAUCUUGGAAUGUUCGGCAUUUCCGAGUUCAGCGCGGUCAUUAACCCUCCCCAGUCCUGCAUCAUGGCCAUUGGGACGUCCAAGCUGGCCAUCGGGAAAGACCGCAAACCUUUCACCUACAUGACCGUCACCAUGUCCAGCGAUGCACGCGUCGUAGAUGGCGCCCUAGCUGCCAGGUUCUUAGAGAAAUUCAAGCAAAAUAUCGAGAGUCCAAUAAGGCUCGGGUUGUUGUGAGACUGAGAUGAUAUACUAGUAUAUGUA